GGCAGUCUAAGCAGCGGCCGUCCACCCUCCUCCUUCUUCUUCGUCUGUUCAGCUAGCAAAACAAACCGGCUAGCGAGAUAGCUAAACAGGCGGCGCCGGAAUACCGAAAAUGCCGCGGGAAAUCAUAACGCUCCAGCUCGGACAGUGCGGGAAUCAAAUCGGUUUCGAGUUCUGGAAGCAGCUGUGUGCGGAGCACGGCAUCAGCCCGGAGGGGAUCGUUGAGGAGUUCGCCACCGAGGGCACCGACAGGAAGGACGUGUUCUUCUAUCAGGCCGACGAUGAGCACUACAUCCCCCGCGCGGUGCUCCUGGAUCUGGAGCCCAGGGUGAUCCACUCCAUCCUCAACUCUCCGUACGCCAACCUUUACAACCCGGAGAAUAUCUACCUGUCGGAGCACGGCGGGGGCGCCGGGAACAACUGGGCGAGUGGCUAUUCCCAGGGUAAAAAAAUCCAAGAGGACAUCUUCGACAUCAUUGACCGGGAGGCGGACGGCAGUGACAGUCUGGAGGGUUUCGUCCUGUGUCAUUCCAUCGCCGGGGGGACGGGCUCGGGGCUUGGAUCCUACCUGCUGGAGAAACUCAACGACAGGUACCCAAAGAAGCUGGUGCAGACGUACUCUGUGUUCCCCAACCAGGACGAGAUGAGCGACGUGGUCGUUCAGCCGUACAACUCGCUGCUGACGCUGAAGAGGCUCACCCAGAAUGCGGACUGCGUGGUGGUGUUAGAUAACACGGCUCUAAAUCGCAUCGCCACCGACAGGCUGCAUAUCCAGAACCCCUCGUUCUCCCAGAUCAAUCAGCUGGUUUCCACCAUCAUGUCGGCCAGCACGACCACGCUGCGCUACCCGGGCUACAUGAACAACGACCUCAUUGGCCUGAUCGCGUCGCUCAUCCCCACGCCCCGCCUCCACUUCCUGAUGACCGGCUACACACCUCUAACUACUGACCAGUCGGUGGCUAGUGUGCGGAAAACCACGGUGCUGGACGUGAUGAGGAGGCUUCUGCAGCCCAAGAACGUGAUGGUGUCCACCGGACGGGAGAGGCAGCCCAGCCACUGCUACAUCGCCAUCCUCAACAUCAUCCAGGGAGAGGUCGACCCCACGCAGGUGCACAAAAGCCUCCAAAGGAUCCGGGAGCGUAAACUCGCCAGCUUCAUCCCCUGGGGACCCGCCAGCAUUCAGGUGGCUUUGUCCAGGAAGUCCCCGUACCUGCCGUCAGCCCACCGAGUCAGCGGCCUGAUGAUGGCCAACCACACCAGCAUCUCCUCGCUGUUCGAGCGGACGUGCCGGCAGUACGACAAGCUGCGCAAGCGGGAAGCCUUCCUGGAGCAGUUCCGCAAAGAGGACAUAUUCAAGGACAACUUUGACGAGCUGGACAACUCUCGCGAAGUGGUCCAGCAGCUGAUCGACGAGUACAGCGCGGCCACGCGGCCCGACUACAUCUCUUGGGGAACGCAGGAGCAGUGAGCGGACCACCGUCCAGGCGCCGGCUGGUUAUUUUUAACUCCAAUUCUCCCUACAAAAAGACAGGCCGUCCUUGCUUCUCCGGGGGAAAAACAAACUGAUACGGAUGGGCUUGUUCUAUUAUUGAAUAGUUUGAUUGUGACUCCAUUUUGAAUAAGAGUGUUAACAGCCACUGUUUAUAUUAACCAAAAAAUGAACUGAACCGUAGACUGUCCAACCCAGUUUGAAUAAAAUAACCCUUCUAAACAGUCCUAUUAAGUUUCUCUCAUGCACAUCUGUGCAGAAAGAAACUAUAUAUAUUGUACAAAACAAUCUAUACAUCUGUUAAUAGUUUUUUUUCUCCCUGUAUUCAGCUUUCCAGCCUAGUUGCCUUUUUUUUUCUUUUUUCUUUUUUUAACAGCAAUUUGCCGGACAACCUGUUGCCUUGUUUUUGUGCUUUCCAGUAAAUCAUUCACAGCCUGCGACCCGUCUGCCUCGAGGGACGGGUUAAGACUGCGUUGCAUGUUGCUCGUUGCAGCCCGGGGCUUUGAACAUGAUGUACGAGGAUGGAUGUCAUGCUAACAGUUCAUCUCUAUGCCUGUAAAUAUACUUUAAAGGAUGGCUGGUUCAGUGGCUUUCUCUGCACCAAGUUAAUGUUCUGUUUCAUGCUCGGCUCAUUGGACCUGUUUUGAAAUGAUGAAUAAACACCUUUUUUGUACAACUUU